GGCUCUGCGGAGGAUGGAGAUGCUCUUCGCCUCCUCCUCAUCUUUUUCCUCCCUUUAACACCAUCUAAACGCCCGGUAGCUCUGCUGCUUACGGACCUGGAUCAAACCCACCCCCAGAACCGGAACCAGUCUACGGGGAUUUAUCUGGGACUGGGUCAGGGGGACGCAGACUGGUGGCUCACGCGUGUGCGUUUGUUUACAGAAUAAAAAUCUUAUUUUUUACAGUCAUUAAAUAUUGUCGCCUGCUUUGCGUUUGAGAUGGAAAAGCUGGCGCGAGGAUUCUGUUUGGAGGCAGACCCGCGCGCCUCCCUUUGAUUGUCCUUUCAUCUUACCGCCCGCGCGCGCUCACCUGUAGGGACUCAUGUUUCAGAUCCAGCACGCGGCUCCAGACGGACCGGGUCGGUAUAAUCAGAUCUGCACGCGCAGCAACAGCUGCUCGUCCCCCGCCGCCCCCGGCUCAGAGCCGCCCUCCUGCCCCGGACACCGCAGCCGAACCCCCCGCAGGAAGUGGCAGGUGUUCCCUGGGAGGAACCGGUUCUACUGCGACGGGCGGAUCAUGAUGGCGAGGCAGGCCGGGGUGUUCUACCUGACCCUGGGUCUCAUCUUCCUCACCAGCGGCCUCUUCUUCGCCUUUGAAUGCACAGCCAAGGUCAGAGAGGUUCUCUCCAUCCUGGCAGAAACCAUGUGGAGAAUCAGGGAUCAGUCCUGCUUGUUGCUGGUUCUGAACCUUGGUCCGUUUUAUCAUCCUGGUCCGUCCUUGACUCUGCUCGGCACCAUCCUGGAGGUGGUGGUGUGCUUCUUCUCCGUCUGGUCCAUUGUGGGCCUGUCAGGCUUCCAUACCUACCUGAUCAGCUCCAACCAAACCACCAAUGAGGAUAUCAAAGGAACGUGGUCCAAGAAGGAGGGGAAGGACAACUACAACCCGUACAGCUAUGGAAGCGUCCUCACCAACUGCUUCUCAGCUCUGUGUGGACCGCUGCCUCCGAGUUUGAUUGACAGGAGGGGUCUGAUCCAGGCUGACACUCCACAGACCGUGUCUCAGUCCAACGGGUCCAGCGGCGGCGGCGGCUACGCCUCCACACAGCUGCACAGUCACAUGUGUGACCAGGACCAGUGCAUCCAGAGCACCAAGUUCGUCCUGCAGGCUGCGGCCACGCCCCUGCUCCACAGCGACCCCGUCGUUCUGGCCCCUCUGCCUGCCAAGACCCCCACACCAGGGGGUCCCUGCUCCUACCUGGCCCCGACGCAGCCGUCUCUGCCGUCCUGCGCCGGAGACGUCCUGACAUUCAGGGAUGCCGCCGUCGACUCCCACUGCCACCAUCAUCUUCACCUGCAUCACCUCCAGCACCACCAACACCACUUCACCAGCCCCGAGGAGACGCCGUGCGGCACGCCGCAGGGCGCCCUGCCCUGCCACGCCCACAUACACCUACAGCACCCUGCCCCACCCGUCCUGUACGACCCCGUCACUCAGGACGCUCUGCAUGAAGACUCGGUCCGAGGACUGGUGAAACUCAGCUCCGUCUGAUGCCUUCAGGAACGUUACGAACAGAAACAAACCAGACGUUGGUGAUUUUAUUACAUCUAGUAGGGCUUUUUUUUAACCAGGUUCUAAAGUCUGCAGCGUCGUGCCAAAGUUUGCACCCAUCAAACAUCACAAGUCAAUACUUCACUGUUUUCCUAUGACUGACCGGCAGGAAGUCAAAGUGGGAAGAAAUUUUUGUUUUUGUUUUAUUUUAGUUUAUGGCAGAUUUGAUUCAGAUAAAACCUGCAAAAUGUGCAACAUUAACACUCUUAAACAUACCUUUAAACAUGGUAGUGGCAGCAUCAUGGUAUGGGGAGAGUUGAUGGGAAGUUGGAUGGAGAAAAUUCAGGCGACAUAUAGGAAAAGUUCGGUCAUAUUCAGAACUUUUGAAAGUUAGAAUCAGAAAUACUUUAAUAAUCCCAGAGGGAAAUUACUUUUGUUACACGCUCCAGUUACAGUUUUAUAUAAUAUAAAUAUAUAUACACACAUCCAACUAUUUUAAUAUAUUAAUUUAGAUCUUUAAGUCUCCAGAAGCCCUGCAGUCAGAAGAGCUUUUGACUCAGUUCAGCUGAACACAAAAGCAAGCCACACUUUUCAGAUUUUAAACAAAAAAACAAAUUUUCUCCCGCUUCCUACUUUCUGUUGGUCUGUUGCAUAACAUCCCGAUAAAACGCUGAAGGUUUUGAUGCGACAGAAUGUGGAGAAGCUGGAGGAUUGUCGCUGCUUCUUUACGGUUCGGUUUGUUUGGUUUCAGGUUUUUGAGCUCAGAUUUCAACAAAUUCAGGUGAAGCAGUCUGACUCCGAGGAGGAACUGCUCCAGGACCAAAGCUGGACCUCCCUCCUCUCUACCUUCAUCUUCCUCCUCUUUGAGGAAUUUAUCAAACAUAGAACUUUGAUACCAGAAUAAGCUACUUCAGUGCUGAUGAGACGCUGCACCAAAAGAAAAAAGAUAAAACACUGAUUUCCUUCUUCUGUGUUGGAUUGUUUCUGUGGAGCUGAUGGAGGCCAGCCUCACUGCCACACAAUGUCAGUUUUUAUACGGAUGAUGUCAUCCCUGCAUUAAAUGAAACCACUCUGUGCUUUUAUUCUGAAAGUCGUUCUCAUAGAUAUUCAUCUCUUCACAGCUCGUUUGUC